AUGCUUAUUGCAAAGAGACUUAUACAUGUGAAAAGUAACCGAAGUUCUGUAUCUAUUGUAGGAUCGGGGCCUUCUGGGUUUUACACGGCAUAUCAUCUAUUAAACAAAUCUCGGAUACCACUAGACAUCACGAUAUGGGAAAAACUACCAACUCCAUUUGGGUUAAGCCGCUAUGGUGUUGCACCAGACCAUCCAGAAGUAAAAAAUUGCGAAAAAACCUUUACAGCUAUUGCAAACAAGUUUUCUGGCAAUGUCGAUCCCAAAAUGCAUUCGUUUCGCUUCAUAGGCAACGUGACCGUUGGAAAAGAUGUUCCGUUAAAAUCAUUACUAGAUAAUCAGGACGUCGUAGUCCUAAGCUAUGGUUGCGGUGCCGAUAAAAAGCUCCGGAUUCCGGGGGAAGAGGGGACACGAGGUGUCUUCACCUCUAGGCAGUUUGUGAAUUGGUACAACGGUCAUCCGGAGUUUUCAGAUAAUGCCAUAUUAAAUGAAUUUGACUGGUCGAAUGUAAGAAAAGUUGGAAUCAUAGGGAAUGGUAACGUUUCUCUGGAUAUCGCUCGGCUGCUUGUAAGUGCGCAAGUGGGGGAAAUUUGGAACAAAACCGAUAUCAAUCCAAAUGCGUUGCGUCUUCUUAGAACAGCCCCAAUAGAGGAUGUUAGGUUAAUCGCAAGAAGAGAUUUCCUGCAUAGUAAAUUCACAAACAAGGAAUUACGAGAAAUAUGGGAACUUGAACGUUAUGGAAUACAGGGACUAAUUGAAGAGAGAUACUUUAAUCCGUCACGGUGGGAUCUGUCUACGGCUGACCGGGGUCUCAAAAGACGAAUCCAGAUGUGCGAAGAGUACAUGAAGCCUUUUCAUGAACGUAAGGGAAAGUCAUACACGAAAUAUCCUCCUCCAGCAGAGGGAUACUCUAAAAGAGUGGUGUUUGACUACCUGAAAAGCCCGAUAAGGAUAAACAAAGAUCAACACGGCGUUAUCAAGUCCAUAACAGUUUGCAAAAACAGUCUCACACCCACAAAAAAAGUCUUCCACCACAUCGAAGACACUAUAGAGUAUGAUGUAGAUCUACUGAUUACCUCAUUGGGCUAUCGAGGGGAGAUGUUGCCAGAGUUUACAGACUUGAACAUCAAGUUCGAUAACAAUCGGAUUGUCAAUGAUAGAGGCCAAGUUCUAGACACCACCAGCAACCCGAUUUCUGGGCUAUUUACAAGCGGAUGGAUAAAUAAAGGAAGCACAGGAGUCAUUAUGAAUACAAUGAACAAUUCGUUUGAAGUCGGGGACAAUAUAAUUAAUUAUCUGACGGAGCUUCCCACGACGCUGCACAAGCUGCGCACACCAGAUGACAUAGUGUUGUGCGGCACCAAGGCCACGACGUGGAGCGACUGGCUAAAAAUGGAUUCUGUGGAGAAAGAGAGAGCAAUCAAUGGCCAGCCACGUCAGAAGCUAUUAACAGUGGCAGAGAUGCUAAGCCAUGUUUGUAAAUAA